AAUUCUCCCCUGGUGAUUUCUCAUCCUGUGCGUGAAGCACGGAAAAACUCUCUAUAACCCACAGAAGAAGUUCUAAGAGUAGAGGUGCCCCCAAUUUCACCUAAUUCCCACAUCCCCACAGAAUCCAUGGAUUCCCUUGUUUUCCUCUGCGUCCACGAAGUCGUCACCCAGCGCCCUCUUCCCGACAUUCCUCCCCAUCUCUAUCCUGUCAUUUUCGAAUUGACGUUCCUGGCUGGAAUACUCCCGGUCCUGCAGGAUUUGGUGGCCACUUGGCCUUUCCCGGUGCUCAAAUUUCAGCGGCCUGUGGGACAAUGGGAAGAUCUCUGGGUGGAUCGCUGCUGCGACUGCAUCCAGGCCAUCAUCCAGGCCGUGGUGGAUCAGCUCCGGCGGGAGUUGGAAGAGCCUGGCAGUGAUUCCAGUGGGUGCCGGCUGCGCAUGCUGGACAUGACAGGAAUUCCUGAUGAUGCAGACAGCAGGAGAAUCUGGUCCUGCACUGAGGUUUUGGCCAAGGCUUGCGUGGAGGUGUCCAAGCACCAGCAGGAAUUUCAGAGGCACAGAACCAGCGGGCACACAGGAGUCUCUGGAGCCAUGACGGCAGCGGCCUCUCCACAGCUCCGGGGCGUGGACGUCCACGCUGACGUUGUCGUUGAUGGAACAUCCUACCAGAUCCUGCACGACGCGCUCCAGACAGGAGCCGCCGGCCCGCUGCGCCUCAAGUGCCGCGAAUUGCAAGCUCUGUGCCUUUCAGCAUCCCAGAUCGUGACUUUGUUGGAAUCUCUGGAUCCAUCCUGGCUGCACAGAGUGAAUCUCUACUUCAUUAAUUUGGGAUUGACCGAGCUUUCAGUGAUCCUGCCUCACCUCACGCGCUUCCCGGAGCUGCGCAGCCUCAAGCUCUGGAACAUCACCAUGGACGUGCAGCACCCGACGCCUGAAUCGGCCAACAGACUCCGCUGCGUGGCCAGGCAGCUGGGAAUGCUGCCCAGCCUCCAGGAGCUCAACCUGCGAUCCGCCCGGCUCCCUGGGAAUCUGUGCCACAUCCUCUGUGACCUCCAGGCUCCGUUGGAAAGCUUGAAUUUGGGCUACUGCUCCCUCAUUCCCGAUGACCUCACCUUCCUCUCCCAAAGCAUCCACGCUCCAGCCCUCAAAAGCUUGGAUCUCAGUGGUCUGAACGUUUCCCAAGGCCUGCUGGAGCAACUCCAGCUGCUCCUGGAGAAAGCCUCGGCCUCGCUGCUGUACCUGGAUCUCUCGUAUUGCCACAUUGCCGACUCCCACCUGGCCGUGCUGCUCCCGACGCUCCUGUGCUGCUCCCGCCUGCGCUUCCUGGGACUCGAAGGAAAUCCCCUGUCCACGGCCGCGAUCAAGGAUCUGCUCCAGAAAACCUUGGAGCUGCCAAAUCUCCACCUGGUCGUGUAUCCCGUCCCCCUGGAUUGCCACACGCUGGACCCGUCAGAAUUCGAUAGUGAUUUCUUUUAUGAGUCUGUGGAUGAGGAGCUUUUUUUAGCAGCCAAGGCGGAGAUUUUCCAGCUGUUGGAGAAUUCUGGGAGAACUGACCUCGUCUGGACUGACAAACUCGAGAGCCUCGAAGACCUGGACGACUCCUUGUGAUUUGGGAAAACCUUGGAGGCAGGAAAAGCUCAGAGCCUCCAUCACAAAAAAGCACUACUGCCUCCUUCCAGACAUCAGGGUGUUUUCUGCCUUAUUCUGCUGCU